GGGAGGUGUGCCCGCCCGUCCCGCUCAAGCUAGUCGGCCCGCUCGCGGUGCCCACGGCGGCGCCCUCCUGGGAGGAGAUGGAGGCGAUCGCCGACUUCAAGCGGCUGCAGCCCGGCGGCCGGUACCAGCCAGCCAACUGCGUCGCCCGGCACCGGGUGGCCAUCAUAGUACCGUACAGAGAUAGGGAGGAGCAUCUGCGAAUGUUCCUGUACCACAUGCACCCGGUGCUGCAGCGCCAGCAGCUGGACUACGGCAUCUUCGUGGUGGAGCAGGCGGGCUCGGACGCCUUCAACCGGGCGUCGCUGCUGAACGCUGGCGCGAUGGAGUCGCUGAAGCAGCACGACUUCCAGUGCUUCGUCUUCCAUGACGUGGACCUGCUCAUGGAGGACGACCGCAACCUCUACACCUGCCCGCAACAGCCGCGACACAUGUCUGUCGCCGUCGACUCGAUGCACUACAAGCUAGCGUACCCGCAGCUCUUCGGCGGUGUUUCGGCCGUCAACCGGGAGCAGUUCGAGCUGGUGAACGGCUUCAGCAACCAGUACUGGGGCUGGGGUGGAGAGGACGACGAUAUGUACAACCGGCUCACCUUCCACCACCUGUAUAUCGCCCGCUACCCGGCCAACAUCGCCCGCUACAAGAUGGUCAAGCACAAGCACGCCAAGGUCAACCCUAAACGGUUUGACCUAUUGCGGAAGGGCAAGAAGCGCUUCACGACGGACGGAUUGUCGUCGCUGGAGUACCAAGUCAAGGACGUUUCGUUGGAAAAGCUAUAUACUCGCGUGUUGAUAGACUUUAGUAGGUGACCAAUGUGCUGGUGGAAGGUAGGGGCCGGCGCGCCGGGCGGUACUGCCUGUGCCAGUGCCAGUGCCAGUGCCAUGGGCAAGAGUGGGGUGCGCCGCCGGUGAUACUUGCACUAGAGCUUGCUGACGCUAGACAGAGAGCUUGUCUGCGGACGACACCCGACAGCCGAGACAUUGAUGUGGGCUGGCGGUGAUGAGUAUUGUGUUUUACGUCGAGCGAUGCGUACGGUCGAUGUUCGGCCAUUGGUGAUCAGUGUUCGAUGGAGAGGAUGUCUAACUGUGACGGCAAACACGCAAUUGUACAGCGAAGUAACUGCAGGCUGUAAGUUUGCAGUGCAACUGUUCCUUGCGUUUUUAUCGAGAUGAGUGUAUAUGUCCGUACACUCAUGAAAUAUACUGGUGCAAUGUGAAUUUAA